GGAUAUCUGAAUCUCCCAUCGUUCAAAAUUCCAAACGCACGCCACGAACACGGAACAAAAAGAGAAAGGAAAAUAAACUCUCCUACGUUUUCUUUGAUGGGACAAAUCCACCCCCACUAACGAGAGAGAGAGGGACAUACACCGAAUCUCCUGUGGAAAUCUCCCUGUAAAGGGUCCUUUUUUUCACUGCAAAAAGCCAUUUAUCUUUUGAAAUUUACAUUUACCCAGCUGGGCUUUUCUCUCAUCUUUUGAUACUUUUACUCUUUUGGGGUUUCUUCCUUUUGUUUCAAGAGAGAGAUAGAGAUAGAGAGAAAGAAGCAAUGUUCUCUGGUCUAAUUCAACGCCCGGAAGCUGCAAUUCCACCCCAGGAAGAGAUCCAUACACCAAAUCUCCGUGUAGAUCCCUGCCUUGUUCUUACAGCUGAUCCAAAGCCCCGGCUUCGAUGGACUGCAGACCUCCACGAUCGGUUCGUCGACGCUGUGACUCAGCUCGGAGGACCCGACAGUACAGUGCAUCUCAUGAAUUGGAUUUUACUCGCAGAAGCAACUCCAAAGUCUAUCAUGCGAAUGAUGGGUGUGAAGGGACUCACACUCUUUCAUUUGAAGAGUCAUCUCCAGAAAUACAGACUAGGCAAGCAAUCGGGCAAAGAUUCAACAGAGCCAUCCAAAGAUUCUUCCUACAUUUCUGAAGGCCAGGGCAACGGCACUUCUCCACCACCGGGAGUGCCGACUUCUGACAUGAAUGAGGGCCAAGAGGUCAAAGAGGCACUGCGAGCUCAAAUGGAAAUUCAGCGGAAACUCCAUGAACAGCUUGAGGCUUCCUUGGGUCAGGUCAAGAAGCAUGUGGAGAUUUGCAUUGAAGCUGAAACGAGGUACCUGGACCGCCUGUUCGAGAGGGCAUGCAAAUUGGCCGCUGAACGAUCCGCAGGUUCGAACGGCUCAGAUACAUCGGGACAGGGCCUUUCCGAACUGGCUAUAAAGGCCAUGAUGAGUGCACCGCUUGACCCAUUUAGUUUGUCCUCUUUUCAUCAGUUGCCAAUGGAGGGUGCCGGAGCCCGUGGUCCUACAGAGGAGCUUCCUAAUCAGCCGCCAACCCAUCGGGCUGAUUGUUCGACUGAAAGCUGCUUGACAUCCAACGAAAGCCCGGCUAGAUUGUCCAUGGAGAGUCAUCCUGCUGGUGUGAACAAGAGAAUGAGGAACCUGGAAUGUGGCCCUGACUCCCUACUCUGGGGGGUGUCUGAAACCGGGCCUCAUGGCUUAGAUGCAGGACGGACAAACCCACUUGGAAAUUUUAGUUUUCUCGACAUUUUAAGAUCCGACGGGAAAGAUGCAAUUGAGGCGCACUUGAAUGAAGUGACUCUUCAGCAUCUUCCUCGCAAUGUAAGGUCAGAUGUGACUGGACCUGUUGUCUAUGGGAACAGUAUUGCUCCGUAUGGGAGAUUCAAAGAAAUGUGAGGAGAAAUAUGACCCCAAAAAAAGAGGGGAAAAAAAAUAAAGUACACAUGGAUGAAUGUGAGAUUUUUGUAAGAGGGGCGAGAAUCAGCUCUUCAAACAUUUCCUUGUUAAAGCUUUUAGUAAUAGUGUUUUUUUAGCAUAUGAAAUAAGGUUGUCAUUGCAUUUCUAGCUUCUGUCAUGAAUAAAAAUGCCAUGAAAAGGAAAAAUAGAAUGUGGCAAGCUGAAACCCAUGUCAUGGGUCAUUCAAAUUUCAAAUAAAGAA